AUGGCGAAGGAUAUCGAUGGGUGUGAGCAUUAUCAUUUUAAUAGAGGUCGACGCCGAUUGGAAACCGAAUUCAUUCGUUGGAAAUUUCCCAAUGAAUGCUGGAUCAAGCUUAAUUGCGAUGGAGCUCAUAAGAAAUCUGUGGAUCUUGUUGGAUGUGUUGGCUUACUGCGGGAUUCUGAUGUGUUUUCCUCUCAAGGAGAAGUGCGAUCGAUACACAAGAUGAAGAGAGACAUGAUUAGUGACUUGCCAAACACAAUUUUGCUUCAUAUAAUGUCAUUUAUGAUGAUAAAAGAUAUCGUGCAAACUAGUAUCCUAUCGAAACGUUGGAAGAAUCUCUGGAAAUGUCUCAUGGAUCUUAAACUAUCUACCUUUGAUUUCAACAAUGCAAGGAUUUUUGGUGAAUGUAUAUCUGGGAUCGUGUCUUCUCGUAGCAAGGGAAAUUAUCCCUUGCGUAGUCUGGACUUCCAUCGCCAUAGUCCUUUUCAACACAAGAUAUUCACUGAUCUAAUCACACAUGCAAUUUCUCGCGGUCUUGUGAUACUAAAAGUAGUUGUUCCAACAAAUCUUGGUUUGCCAAAUUGUGUCUUUAUUUCACAUUCUUUAACCACUCUACAUAUUUCUAGUUCAAGUUAUGACUAUCACAGAAGAGCUAGACUUCCUAUGUAUCUUGAUCUUCCUGCUUUAACAAACUUGCAUCUUGACAAUGUUAAGAUUGAAACUGACCAUAAUGGUCAUGCCCAACCUUUUUCAACUUGUACCAAGUUGAAAUAUCUUUCCAUUGACAAGUGUUAUUUUAUUCAUAUAAAAUCUGUCCCUUUCGAUGUCAAAGGAAUCCUUCAUAUAAUGAAUGUCACACUCACCGAUUUAACCAUCAAGGAUACUUCUCACACACCUUCCAAUUAUGUGAUUUUUGCACCAAACUUAAUUUCUUUUGAAGUGAAUGAUUCUCCAUUUCAUGCUUCUUCUUUUCCAUGGGUGAAGAUUGAACACUCCUCUUGA